AUGAUGGAACAUAUUCAUCUGGUGCCGUCGGAUGACGACGACCUCUACUCGGGCUACAAUGAAUAUCCUUCAGUCCUCAACACCAAAGACUUCAAGGAUGACGAGAUCAUUCAAGAAGCCCUCAGAACGAGUGUGGGUCGAAGACCUCCAAUCUCUUUGAAACCUACAACUGCCUCCCGCCUGGGAACAUCAACUGGGUUCCGAGGAGGCACAGCCAUGAGACCAUUCACAGGCUCAGUUGAUGGAGUGAACCGUCCCAUGACAGCUGUGCGUGGUGCUGGGUACACUUCAAACAGAGUGGGAUCAGGCUCCAGCCAAAUGUUCGACCCUCUCAAUCAAGCAGCCAAUGGGCCAGCUCCUCCACUGGAAGGGAAAAAAGAAGACACGCCAGAAGAAAAAAUAAAAAAGGCAGAAAGGCGCAUAAUGCAAUUAAUUGAGGAGUCGUGCCUUGCUAACAGUUCAGGAGAUAUGCGCUUGGCUCUGGAGCGAGCUAAGGAAGCAUCAACCAAGGAGAGAAGUUUGAUAAGGAUGCAGGAUCAAGCUGGCCUUUCUGAAACCCACAAUCUUGACCUAACAUUCUCUGUGUUAUUUAAUUUAGCUAAUCAGUAUGCUGCUAAUGACAUGUUUUCUGAAGCCCUUAACACAUACCAAGUAAUAACUAAGAACAGAACUUUCAAUAAUGCAAGUAGACUGAAGUUGAACAUGGGAAACAUAUAUUUAAAAUUGAGUGAUUAUGAUAAAGCUGUUAAAAUGUAUCGAAUGGCCAUUGAUCAGGUUCCUACAACCCACAAAGAAUUGAGGAUUAAAAUUAUGCAUAACAUUGGUAUACUGUUUGUAAAAAUGGGUCAAUUUACUGAGGCCUGCAAUAGUUUUGAAUACAUCAUGCAAGAAAAGCCAGACUUCCACACGGGGUUAGAUGUGAUUGUGUGCUACUAUGCCCUGGGAGAAAAAGAAAAAAUGAAAAGAGGCUUUCAAAUGUUGGUUGAAGUUCCCUUGAAAAUUGAUGAUGAAGACAAGUACAGUGCAACUUCAGAAGAUCCAGCAGUAAAUUUAGCAUUGGAAGCAAUUAGAAAUGAUUCUUUGCGUCAUCUGGAACGACAGAUGAAGCAGAGUGCUGAAAGAUCUAUUUUGACAGCAGCAAAACUUAUUGCACCUGUCAUAGAUGACACCUUUUCAGCAGGAUACAACUGGUGCCUAGAGACUUUAAAGACAUCUAACUAUGCCUUUUUGGCAGCUGAAUUAGAAAUAAAUAAGGCUGUAAUGUUCUUGAAACAAAAGGAAAUUAAUCAAGCAGUUGACACACUCAGAGCUUUUGAGAAAAAGACAGAGUCUAAAGUUGUCAGUAGUGCUUCUACAAAUCUGGCAUUUAUAUAUUAUUUGCAAGGAGAUGUAGAGCAAGCUAAAAAAUUUAGUGAAUCUUCACGACAAGUUGAUGGCUACAAUGCAGCUGCAUUUGUCAAUCUUGGGAGCUGCAGCAUGGCCGAAGGCGAUUUAGAGAAAGCUAAGGAUCUAUUCCUGUGUGCCUUGGAAAAUGACGCAUCCUGUGUAGAGGCCCUUUAUAAUUUGGGGUUGGUAAACAAGCUGUUAGGGUUCCAUGAGGAUGCCCUUGACUGCUUUUUAAAACUACAAGCUAUUGUACGCCAUCACCCUGAAGCUCUCUUCCAACUUGGGCACUUAUACCAACUAGUGGGUGAUGUUGACCAGGCUAUUGAAUGGUUCUUGCAACUGUUGGGACUUGUGCCAACAGAUCCUGGUAUUCUCCAAAAACUAGGAGAAAUAUUUGAAAGUGAUAAUGACAAGCAGCAGGCUUAUCACUAUCAUUUUGAGUCCUACCGUCACUACCCAUCUAACUUCGAUGUCAUUGACUGGCUGGGGUCAUACUUCAUUGAAUUACAAGUAUCAGAGAGAGCAAUAUCAUUUUUUGAGAGAGCCAGUGUUAUCCAACCUGAUGAAAUGAAAUGGAAACUUCUUGUGGCUUCAUGUCACCGGCGAGCUGGAAAUUAUCAGCAGGCUUUGUCAACAUAUAAGGAGAUUCACAGACAAUCCCCAGAAAAUAUAGAAUGUCUUAAAUUUUUGGUCCGCUUGUGUAGUGAUAUGGGUUUGAAAGAAGCAGCAGACUACGCCAUUGAACUGAAAAAAGCAGAAAAGGCAAAGGAGGUUCGAAGUCGAGUUGGUAGUGGAAGACCAGGUUCCAUGAGGAGCAUUGGCAGUGCUCAUUCAUCAAGGGUCGGCUCAGGCUCAGCAGCCGCAGCAUCUAUAAGUCACCCAGGAUCCGCUGUGGCAGCAGAAUUCCCUAGAGGCACAACUCCAAUCAUUGAGGACCGUAUUACCCACACCAGAGCAGGAAGAGAAACUUUGGAUGCAAGUUAUUCUGAUCCGCUGGGCCCUGCAGUGGAGCGACCACGGACAUCAGCAGGUCCCCGACAGAUUCUUGAAGAUGACUUUGGUGAUGAUGAUGUUGGAGACGAUUUACUCCCCGAAUGAAAAAUGCCGAUGCAUGGGGGAAAUGUGUCAAUUCAUCUUUAAUGAUCUCUACCUAUAAGUUUAGAGCACUCUAUUUAUAUCACCUUUAUUUAUUCUGUGAUUUUUUUUUUUUCUCACUAGUCUUUACUUUCAUCACACCUGGUUGAAUGGAGUAGUUUCUUGGGACCAGUAUGCCAAGCUCUUACUAUUAUGUACUUUGCAUUGUGCAAACCAUAGAUAAAACUUUGCAACGUUUUACAUAUUUUCCACCAUCACUUUUUUAAAAAAAUGUGUAUUCUCUAGUCAGUUUAUUGAACGAAAAUGAAGAAAUAUCAAAGACAAUUGUUGCUUUUACCAACUGCAAUCUUGGGAUUUGAGAAUAAUAAUAAAAACGUCUGCUCGUUGACCAGUGUCAUGAGAGAAAACCUGA